UAUAAUAUAUGAAGUAUACCUUGAAUGCAGUGUACUGCAACUCUGCUGUAUGCAUAAAUGUAAAUGUGUGGAUUAUUUCCAACCUGACAUUACAUGCAGCGCAUAAACUAUUAAGUUAUGAAUUAGGAUUUUCAAGCAAUAAAAACAACUCGAGCUCUAUAACCUUGUUAGUUGUCAUGAUACAUUUUAACUUUGUAAUUGUGUCUAUGUUGGGUGGACAUAAGCCUUAAUAAAACAACUUAAGCCUUUCCCGUGACAAUGCAAACAUAUGGCAGCAUUAUGUAUUCACUGGUGGAUGGUUCAGAAUACACAGUUAGCAGGCAUGAGGGUGUGCAUCAUUGGAGCGGGGGUCAUCGGCCUCUCCACCGCUCAGAGCAUCUACCAGCACUUCCACCACAGGAUCACCCCCCUCACCAUAGAGGUGUAUGCUGACGUCUUCACUCCACUCACCACCAGCGACGGGGCAGCCGGGCUCUGGCAGCCGUAUCUCUACGACAAGGGAAACGUGCAAGAAACUCAAUGGAACAAAGAGACGUUUGACUAUCUGCUAAGCUGGCUCAGCUCUCCAGAUUCAGUGAAAAUGGGAAUCUUCCUUCAGUCUGGCUACAAUCUGUGCACUGAAACCUUGCCGGAUCCCUCAUUUAAAAACGCAGUGUUGGGUUUUCGUCAGCUGACUGAACGUGAACUGGAUAUGUUCCCGGGAUACAGUUUUGGUUGGUUUAACACUGCUCUCAUGAUUGAAGGAAAGACAUACCUGCCCUGGCUUAUGGACUGGUUAAGUCAAAGAAAGGUCAAGUUUUAUCACAGAAAGAUUGGUUCAUUUAAAGAGUUGGCAGAUAUUGGUGCUGAUGUUGUCAUCAACUGCUCCGGGAUCCGAUCAGGAGACCUCCAGCCUGAUCCCGAGCUCAAACCAGGCAGAGGACAAAUUAUUAAGGUAGACGCUCCCUGGUUGAAACACUGGAUCAUCACACACAAUUCCUCAACAGGAGUCUAUAACUCACCGUACAUCAUUCCUGGGAGCCGUUUAGUCACUGUGGGUGGAGUUUUCCAAGUAGGAAACUGGAAUCUGCAGAACAGUUCUGUUGACCAUAAAGGAAUCUGGGAAGAGGCCUGCAAGCUUGAGCCCAGUCUACAGCAUGCGCGGAUAGUAGAGGACUGGACUGGACUCAGACCCGCUCGCAGCAAAGUUAGACUGGAGAGAGAGACCAUACGAUCUGGACCAGCCUCGUUUGAGGUCAUUCAUAACUACGGACAUGGGGGUUUCGGACUGACCAUCCAUCGUGGAUGUGCUGAGGAAGCUGCUCGUCUCUUUGGACAGAUCCUGGAGCAGAAAGGCCUGCUAUCACACUCUAAGUCACGUCUCUAAUAAAGAUCUAUGCCUCUUGAAUCUUAUCUACAGCAUCAGUUCCUAUUCUCACUAAUCUAAUAACCAUUGUCAUACUGAUUGAUAAUUAAUAUUCAGAAUUUAAUAAAUUUGUCUGCAUUUAUCUACACUAAGUCAUAAUAAAGAUACAUAUACUCA